AGUUCCCUCAAACAAAGACAGUCGGCGGAGACGCAACCAAGGGAGCAUCACCGAGCAUCUGCAAACAUGAUAAUAUAGCUCACCUUAACAACCCGCUGUAGAUCCCCGUUGCUGCUCAAAAAAUUGUUAUCAGUGAUCAGAGAAAAGGUAAACUCAGCCCAACAGAACCAGAACACGGUGUUCUCAUGAUGUCAUACCUGUGGAUUCUGCUGUUAGGGAGCCUGCUCAUCGGGGCUCAGUCGCAAGAAGUAACCGAAGCUGAAGAACCUGCUGGGGACCUAGAAGCUGCAGAACCAGAGGCUGCACCGGAGGAGGUACCUGCAGCUGCUGAGGAAACAGAGGCCACAGAACCAGAAGCUGCACCAGAAGAGGUACCUACAGAUGCUGAGGAGACAGAGCCUGCAGAACCAGAAGCCGCACCAGAAGAGGUACCUGCAGCUGCUGAGGAAACGGAGGCCACAGAACCAGAAGCCGCACCAGAAGAGGUACCUACAGCUGCUGAGGAGACAGAGCCUGCAGAACCGGAGGCUACAUCAGAAACGGAACCUGCAGAGGAGACAGAGGCUGUAGAACCAGAUGCUGGAGAUACAGAGGUGGUAGAACCAGAUGCUACAGCAGAGCCACUGGGUGAAACAGAGGGGUUUUCUGAAGAAACUGUGGCAGAAGAAAAGAUCGUCCCCGCAGAGGGGGAAAAGACAGAAGAGGAAGCAGCCCCAGACGAGCCUGCCGCAGGUGACGGAGAUCUGAAUCUGGCAGAUGCUCUUGGGGCAGUGGAAGAAGGCGUGAAACCAGGCCGGGGCCGCAGCGGAGGUUCUGUGGCCCACACAGCAGAAGCCGCUUCAGAUGGAUCAGCCGAGGCUCAAGAGGCUAGCUCUGGUUCGGCGGUGGCGGGUAUUCUGAGUGCAGUCGGUGUGGCUCUGGUGGGCGCGAUCAGUGGAUACUUCGCCUAUCAGAAGAAGAAGCUCUGUUUCAAGAACAGAGAUGCAGACCCUCAAGACCAACAGUCCCCAAUGACAUACAGCUGGGCGGGGUUGGAGGGCACAUUGCUUAGCUCUUCAUCCAUUGGUCAAAAGUUGUCCAUCGCUGUUAAGGACAGACAUGACGAAGCAGUCAUCCAGUGUUCAGUUAGCAACCUUGUGAGUAAGAAGCAGGCCCAAUUCCAAGUGAAGAACUGCUUCACAGACGAAAGCUCAUCUACAGUACUGGCUGUCUGUCUUGCCCUGUUGUGCCUGGUCAUUUUGCUGAUCGUGGCUGUUGGCUUGUGGUUUUAUAAGAGACACAAGAAAGCAAAACCUGCUCGCAACAAGAAAGAUGAUGUGGAGGAUCCUCUGAUGCAAGAGGUUCCAGAGCAUGACAAGACCCCACAUGACUCCCCACCAAAAGGACAAGUGAAGGAGAAGAGAGAACUAUUUGAGAGUCUGGCAAGGCAGCACAGUCCAAAAAAAGGGAGACUGGAUGAACAGAACGGGAAUAAGAAGCAGGAGAACAUCGAAAGAACUGAAGAUAACUCUCACAGAGCCACACUCCCCAGCACUCAAGCACUACCUCAGCAAGCUCAAAGUGAAGAGAGGUCUAAUCCACCCACACCCUCCCAAGCCAGCAUGAUCCAGUCAGACCAGAACAUAUUACAACACAGACCUGAACAAGAGACAGUACCAGAUCAGGACCCAGAGUCUGUGAGGGUCAGUCUCCCUGACCUGGCCAAGCCUAACCCAGACUCAAUACCAGAAGGACCAACAUGUCUCACAAAGCAGGACACGGGCGCAGGAGAAACCGGACAUCAGGAACAACAAAACACAAACAUAUCGGAACAAACUGGGUUGCUAGCAAACCCGAACAAUCCCAUACAGGUUGGGUCAGAACCAGAGGCUCCCAAAAAUCAGCUUGACACAAAUACAGAAGCCAAAUCUGAGGUUUCAGCUGAGGGUCAUCACGUUGAAAUCUCUGAGAGCUGUUCAACCUCUCCUGGGAGGAAUAAAGAUGGGUUAAAGGAGGCGGAAAAAGGGAUCGAGACAAGGAAUGGGGAAACAGAGCGAAAGACAAAUGAUGGAGGAAUUGACGAAGAUGCCAUGGACCAAAAUGGAGAGGAAGCAAUCAGAAAGACAGAGCAAGAGAGAGAACACUGUGUUUCAGAGAGUUCUCCAGCUUCUAUGUUGAGCCCCAAAAAGGAUCAGAUAAAUGGAAGCACACCAGACACUGUAGCUGUCUCCAAGCAUGCAGAACCGAGUCAGGUCCAAUCAGAACCAAAUCAGUCAGAGCACGCCGGAGAUCUAUCUCAGCAGGCUGAGGAUUCAGCUCAGAGUCAAACAAAGCCCACAGAUACAAGCACCCCGAAACUGACAAGUGACACACAACCUCCAGCUCUGACUCCUACAAAACCCUCAGCAGAAUGCAACAGGUCUGAUCCACCCUCACCCUCCCAAGUCAGCAUGAUCCAGUCAGACCAGAAAAUAUUACAAACCAGACCCAAACAAGAGACAGUACCAGAUCAGGACCCAGCAGUGUCUGUGGUCAGUCUCCCUGACCAGAAGAGUGAAGUGGCCGCACAUGAAUCAAUAACAAAGGAACCCACAGACCAGGCCAUACCAGACCCAGGACCAGAAGGACCGACAUGUCCCACAAAGCAGGACACGGGCGCAGGAGAAACCGGACAUCAGAAACAACCCGACACAAACAUAUCGGAACAAACUGGGUUGCUAGCAAACCCGAACAAUCCCACACAGGUUGGGUCAGAAGCAGAGGCUCUCAAAAAUCAGCUUGACACAAAUAAAGAAGGCAAACCUGAGAGCUGUUCAACCUCUCCUGGGGGGGAGGAAGGGGAUGAAGAUGAGUUAGAGACAAGGGAUGGGGAAACAGAGCGAAAGACAAAUGAUGGAGGAAUUGACGAAGAUGCCAUGGACCAAAAUGGAGAGGAAGCAAUCAGAAAGACAGAGCAAGAGAGAGAACACUGUGUUUCAGAGAGUUCUCCAGCUUCUAUGUUGAGCCCCAAAAAGGAUCAGAUAAAUGGAAGCACACCAGACACUGUAGCUGUCUCCAAGCAUGCAGAACCGAGUCAGGUCCAAUCAGAACCAAAUCAGUCAGAGCACGCCGGAGAUCUAUCUCAGCAGGCUGAGGAUUCAGCUCAGAGUCAAACAAAGCCCACAGAUACAAGCACCCCGAAACUGACAAGUGACACACAACCUCCAGCUCUGACUCCUACAAAACCCUCAGCAGAAUGCAACAGGUCUGAUCCACCCUCACCCUCCCAAGUCAGCAUGAUCCAGUCAGACCAGAAAAUAUUACAAACCAGACCCAAACAAGAGACAGUACCAGAUCAGGACCCAGCAGUGUCUGUGGUCAGUCUCCCUGACCAGAAGAGUGAAGUGGCCGCACAUGAAUCAAUAACAAAGGAACCCACAGGCCAGGCCAUACCAGACCCAGGACCAGAAGGACCGACAUGUCCCACAAAGCAGGACACGGGCGCAGGAGAAACCGGACAUCAGAAACAACCCGACACAAACAUAUCGGAACAAACUGGGUUGCUAGCAAACCCGAACAAUCCCACACAGGUUGGGUCAGAAGCAGAGGCUCUCAAAAAUCAGCUUGACACAAAUAAAGAAGGCAAACCUGAGAGCUGUUCAACCUCUCCUGGGGGGGAGGAAGGGGAUGAAGAUGAGUUAGAGACAAGGGAUGGGGAAACAGAGCGUUCUCCAGCUUCUACGUUGAGCUCCAAAGAGGAUCAGAUAAAUGGAAGCACACCAGACACUGCAACUGUCUCCAAGCAUGCAGAACCGGGUCAGGUCCAACCAGAACCGGAUGACUCAAAAGCUGUAGGAGAUGUGGACAACAGAUGUCAACAGAAGCCAAACUCCCAGAGUUGUUCCAUCUCUCCUGGGGGAGUAGUAGGGAGUGAAGAAGGAUCAAAGGAGGCAGAGGAAGAAAUGGAGGCAGGGGAUGUGGAAAAAGAGAAACCAGAAGGGGGGGUGGAUCAUUCUAUGGGGAUCAGUAGAAGCAUGGAGACGGAGGAUGAAGAAAAUAAGACAUCAGCUGUAGAAGUGGGGAAUACGGAGCAACAGUCCAUGAAAGAGGAAAAGACGGGCACAGAUGAGAGUGCAGAGCAACAUCCAGACCCCGGAGAGAAGGCCGAUGUUUCAAGCCAGAGUGAUACAGUAGAAACGGCAGAAGUGGAGAAAAAUGCGAAUAACGAGCAAGAUGACAAAAAAGACGGGGGUGGCAUAAAGGUAGACAGUCAGAUGGACGGAGCAGGUUCAGAUGAGCAGGCAGAUGAUAACUCUGAUGCGAAAGCUAAGGGGACAGAACAGGGUGAGACAAAUCGAAAGCUAGAAGACUAGAAGGAUACAGACGAGUUGCUAGGUAGCAAACACUGAACGGGACAUGAAGGCAGGCAGUCAGAGAGGGUAUUCAAUUCUGGGAAGCAGAGCGGAGAGGCAGGGAUAGCAGGGAUUUUUUUAAACAAGUAUACUGCUUUAAAAAUAUAAUAUACCAUUUUAUAAAUGUAGAAGUGAUCAACGUGUUAAUCCUUAAUUAUGUAAAAAGAGGAAACAGUUAUGCUGACCUUUUUAUGUUGUAUAAUUCUUUUAAAAUAUAAAAUAGCAAGAAACGGGUAGGAAUGAGA